AUGGCUACACCUCACGUGUCAGGGAUCGUGGCUCUCCUCAAGCACAAUCAUCGACAUUGGUUGCCCACUGUGAUUAAAUCAGCCAUCAUGACAACAACCUACACGAAAGACCAAGACGGUAAUCCCAUAAAAGAUGAAUAUGACGGUAAAGAUGCAGGAGCCUUCACGAUGGGAUCGGGUCAUGUGGACCCGGUGGAAGCUAAUGAUCCGGGUGGCCCGAUUGUGUGUUCUCAAGUUCAAGCUAUUGAGCCUGAGCAAUUGAACUAUCCUUCAAUUUCGGUGUCUCUCGGGGCUAAAUCAGUAUCGAAGACUGUGAAUCGAACGGUGACGAAUGUUGGUGAUGCUAACUCGGUUUACACGCUGAAGGUUGAUAAUCCAGAGGGAGUGGAUGUGGAUGUUUCCGCUAUUAGCCUUACAUUCACUAAUGAAGGUGGAAAGCAAGAUUUUACUGUGACAUUGAGUAUUCAAGGAGUUCCACCCAAAGCAGACAAAGUUUCAGAAGGGCAACUGGUAUGGGAUUCUGUCAAGUAUUUUGUGGGGAGUCCUAUUGUAGUUAUAUUUACCUGA